AUGGUUAGCAUUGCACAUUGGCUUGAUACAUUUACAUGUAGUAAAUAUGCCGAUCGUUUUGAACGAUCUGGUUUACAAAAUCUUCAGUCGGUAUAUCAUUUAACUACUGCUCAAUUACAAACAUUAGGCAUUGCAAACAAUGAUAUAUGUACAAUCAUGGAAAAUGUGUUACUUUUGCAACAAAGUGUCAAAAGCUUAAAUAAUCCACCACGAUAUCUUGAUCUUAAUUCAGAACCACCACCAACAACAGUCCGUUCUCGUACAGCUAGUCCUGCAAUAAAUACAUUUAAUCGAACAAUGAGUCAAAAUCCAACUGCUUAUUCUCCUGGACCUAAUGUUAGUACACCACCAGCAAGUAGUGGUCCAUCACCAGAUCGUGGUCUUCCUGGUCCAUCACCAUUUGAUACACCAUCAGUAUAUCAUCGUUCAAAUUCUUUUCCAAAUCCAGUUAAUCCAAAUACAUUUUUUGAUAUAAGUCCAUCAUCAUCAACAUCAUCACCACAUCGUUCAACAUCAAUUGAUACAUUACCUCCACAAAUGGAAGGUGCACCAUUCAAUGAUUAUCUUCCUCAACCAUCACCUCAUCAAUUUCAACCACCAGGAAUGAUCUAUCGUCCUAGUAAUAAUCCAGCUGGAAGUUAUUAUAAUCCACCUCCACCACGUUUUUAUCCUCCUGAUCAACAACAACAACAACAAUUUAUGUAUCCAAAUCAACGAAUGAUGAUGCAUCCACAACAACUUCUACCAUGGGGUGGACAUCGACCACCAUUACCACCACCACCAUCACAUCCAAUGCAUUAUCAUCCAUAUGAACAUCAUCAGUUUCGUAUAGCACAAUCACAACAAUUUUGUCAUCCGAAUCAUCCAAUAAUGUCAGAUCAAAAUGCAAUGUUUAUUAAUCAACAACAACAACAAAAUAUGAAUUCAUCAACAUCUAAUAAAUUAUCUACAACAGUUGAACCACAUCCACAUCCAUUACAAUCACUUGAAAGACUUGUACUUUUACCUGAGUCUCAAGUUAUCGAUCCAAAAAGUGUUGUCAAUGAAAUUCAUGAUCCUCAAUCACCAUUUAGUGAAUCAUUAUCACCCUAUGGCACAUUAUCACCAAAAAAUUCUGUUUCAACACCACCGACAGCAACAAUUGUUAGUAAUUUACUUACAAAUGAAAAAUCUAUUAUUGAACAACAUAAUAAAUCUACAACUGGUUUAAAACGUAGUUCAACACAUGAUGAACGAAAUGAUUUAAAUAAAAAAAAUCGACUUAAUACAACUAAUGAUUUAACAACAGGUGAUUCAAUUAUAAAUAAUCAUCCUGUUGUAACUAGUUUAUUAACAAGGGGUUUAAAUAAUUCAACAUCACAAGCACCAUUGCCAUCUAUUAAAUCAUUACAACAAAAACAUAAUCCAUCUUUUAUUCAACAACAACAGCAACAACAACAACGACAACAAAUGAUGUUUCAACAAAAUCAACCUGAUCCACAACAAUUUGUUGAUGGAUUAAUUAAUGAAAUAGUUGAUGAUAAAAUAGAAAUUUUUGAGCAAGAUUAUGAACAAUUAAUAACUAACCUGCGAUUGACAAUGGAUACAACUUCUAAACAGAAUAAAUUAUUAAAUUCAAAUACAAUACAAAUUCCAUUACAAUUAGAUGGUGUAUCUGAUCCAACAGAAGUUACUUCAAAAUCUCCUACUCGAACAUUAAGAAAUCGUGAUUUAUCAACAUCAUCUGAACGAGGAACUUCAAAUAGUGAAAAUCGAAGUUCAUCUAUAAGAAAUAAUUUAGAUAAAUCAAAUAGUGAUCCAACAGGUUCAUCUCAAAAUGGUACUGGAAAAAAACGUCAUGAUUCUCUAAAUAAUAAUAACCAUAAUACAUCAUAUAAACGACGUUUAUCUGAAAAUAAUAUUGAAAUAAAUUCUUCAAUCAAUGGUCAUCAUUCAAAUUCUAUAUCAUCAAAUAUUCAAAAACCAAAAGUUAUUCAAUCACCUACUCAAUCAAAUGUUGAUCAUGAAACAAGUUCAUUAUCAGAAUCUAUAUCUUCAAAAUUAACUACAAAUAAUUCAUCAAAUAAACCUAUUCGUGAAGCCAAAAAACGUUCUUUAAUUUAUACAGGUAAUACACGAGAAUUUCUCGAAACAGCUAUAGCAGCUGGUAUAAUUGAUGAUAAUGGUGAUGAAGAAGAUGAAGAUCAUGAAUAUAUACCACCAGGUGGUACAGUUACUUUACCUCUUCAACGUUCGUCAUCAUCAUCGUCAUCCGAAAAUGAAGAUGAAUCAAUUAAAAAUAGUGAUGAUAGUGGUAGUAGUAGUAAUAAUGAGGAUAAGGAUGAGGAUGAGGAUGAUGAUGAUGAAAAAAAUAGUGGUGAUGAAAUGGUUGUAAAUGAAGAACCAAGUGAAAGUGGAAUUAAUUGGAAUGUACGAAAUCGUCCUCAACGACAAACACAUUUUAUUCGUUUUGAUAAUAUAUCACAACAAGAUGAACAACAAUUUUUUGGAGCAUUACAAGAACAAGUUCCUGGAUUAGCUGCUUAUUUAGAUGAAAAUUCUGAUGAUGAAUAUGAAAUUACAACACAAGAUACAUCUAAUAAUCAAACAAAAUCUCGAAAAUCAUCAACAAAAAAAUCUCAACGAAAUUCAACUAAACAAAAUUCUGAACAAGAUCAACAAACAGUUGAAAUAAUGAAAAAAUUUCGUCAUGUUAAUGUACCAUCAGAAAAAUCGACAAAGAAAAAAUCUCAUUCAAAUGAAUCAACAACAAUAUCAAUUAAAAAUCGUUCAGAUGAAUUAUAUGUUAUUAAUAAUAACUCAACACGAACUAUUAUGUCAGGUGCACAUCUUGAUACGACAAGUAAUACAAAAAAGAAUUCAACUAUUCAAGCAUUUCAUUUUCAUCGACGACAAAUUAAAAUGAAUACAGUUGAAGAUACAAAAGCACAAUGGCGAUGUAUUUUAUGUUGGAAAGAACCAUAUGAAGAAUAUCUUGGUCCUUUAUUUGGUCCAUUUCAAUUAAAUGAACAAUGUCGAUUAUAUCUUAAUAAUAAUAAACAAUUAGCAAAACAUUAUAGAAAAUUAAUUGAAGUUUGGUUACAUCGUGAUUGUGCAUUAUGGAAUAAUCAUAUACAAAUGAAUCCAACAACAGGAGAACUUAUGCAUAUUUCUGAUGCAUGUUCAACUUAUCUUGAUAUUACAUGUUCUACAUGUCAAAUACCUGGUGCAGCUCUUGCAUGUCGUUAUCGAAAUUGUAAAAUUCGUUAUCAUUAUUCUUGUGCAAAAACAACUCUUAAUUGUCGAUUAAUUGAAGAAAGUUAUUCAGUUUAUUGUCCAAAACAUAAUCAAAUAAAUAAUAAUAAAUCGAAAAAAAAUCGUCGUAAAACAACGACAAGUGCAAAUGAUUCACAAGAAUCAUUAAUAACUUAG